UAGAGGAGCGUGAACGUCGCGAUGGCGUUGUCGGUUCGCGGCUAACCAUGCGACUGAUCACCACGAAUGAUUUCGCGCUGAUUUGACACGUAAUCGAUCGCGAGGGGCUCGAUCGAGAUUCCGCCACUUGCCGGCGUGUCGCGGGGCGACACGACGACGCGACGCGAUAUUCCGGAAUAACACCGGGGGUACCUACCGUUGUACAGUACUGUAUAAGGAAGUCUCUGAGCGAUAAACGAUAGAGUCAAUGAUGGAUCCCGCGACGGUGAUAUCUCGUUGCAAAGAGAAUAUCCAGCCGUUAAGAUACGGGCGGAAUGCCACGCAAUUGGGAACCGCAUUGAGAGCGCAGGAGGACACGGAUGCGCAGCAGUUGUUACUACAGGAAAAGCAAAUGUACGAGGAUGCAAUUAAGAAUUACGAAGGAGAUGAUCCUUUGGAAAAUUGGUACGAUUAUAUUCUCUGGGUGGAGCAGAGUUAUCCAAAAAGUGGGCACGAAUCCCAUAUUGGAAGACUGUUGCAGCAAUGUCUAGCGAUAUUUGAGAAAGAGACCAAGUAUCAUCAAGAUCGUAGAUAUAUACGUUUGUGGAUUAAUUAUAUAAGUAUGCAGAAAAAUCCAUUAGAAUUAUACCAGUUGCUGCAUCGCAACGGUAUCGGGACUAGAGUGGCGGACAUGUACAGGGCCUGGGCUUUUGAAUUGGAACAGAUCGAAGAUGAUAAACGAGCGGAUGAAGUUUACUUAAUGGGAUUAUCCGUUCGUGCAGAACCAUACGACGAAUUGAGUCAUGCUCAUCAAAAUUUCCAAUUUGCUGUGGCGCGCAAAACACUCGGUCGUAUUGAAGAAAGAAAUGACGUUUUAUUGUUCGAACAACGUCAGGCUUUCAGUUCGUUAAGAGCGAUAAGGGCCGGUAAGAGAGUCGGCAGCAUACGAACAGGUCAUCGUGUACGCGAUUAUUAUCCUGGCGUUGUGCCCCAAAUUUCGGCUUCUAAUACAAAGCCCAAUUCUAAACUACAAAUAUAUCAAGAUGAUACACUUGGAGAGAUAAAGAGCUCUCCAAGCAUACUGGAUCAUGUGCCUAUAGAAGAUUCUAUUCAUAAAGAGAAUACUAUCAAGCCUGGACCAUGGAAUAGUGGAAACAAGAGAGGACCAUUAAUAGCUCCUACUGUAAAAACAGGCUUUAAAAUUCACGAAGAUCAAAGUGAUGAUGCUGAUAUGGAGAAAAUUAAAUUAUUCCCAAAUCAUGUAGCUUUUUGUGAUGGUAGUAAAUGUCAUGACAGUUUAAGGGUGCCGGUGUAUGUAGCAGAUGCAAUAGAUCCAAAUAUUGUACAGAAACCACAUUAUCCCAAAGAGCUAGUUUACGCUGAUAAUGUCGAUCGUAGUAUGGAGGAAAUUAGAGCACAACUUUAUUUCGAAAGAAGAGCACAACUUUUGGAAAAUAAACAUGAAAUAUCGAUGGUUUGUUUACGCGAGACCGAUGGUGAAUCUCAAUCUCAGCUGAACAAUUACGAGAGUAUGUAUCAUUUACAAGAAAUAGAGGAGCAGAAACUCAAUCAUCAAAGAAGAGAAGCUGAGAUUAGUAGACUCCAGGCUGAGCAACAGGAAUUGCAGAGGCAGCAGUAUGAAGUUGAGAAUCAGGUUUUAGAGACACAACGACAAGAAGCAGAACAAAGAGAAUUGGAAAGGUUAGAGGCUGAGAGACUUGAGGCGCGGCGAAUAGAAGCGGAAUUAAAUACACAGCGCAAAUUACAAUCGUCGAAUCAGUUUAUACAUCAACAUCACACUUCAUCCUUGACCGCCGAUGCCGAGGAGCACCUACUCGGGCAGAGUCUUACCGUAAACACGAAGGAAGCUAUUUCGGUUGUACAAGGUCUGUGGCAAUCCCCGGAUACGACCAUGCGCUUUCGUAGCCAUCCCGUGGCACCUAGAAUAGUGGAUUCAAGAAACAAGUUGCCGUUCGAUAUACACAUGGAUAGCUCUAUGACACAACAUGUGAUGUCUAGUAAUAAGCCUCAUCAUCAGGGAUACAACAUGCAGGUUUAUAACGAUCAAGAGAAUCAUCAGAGUUAUCAUGCACAGCAUCAUAGUUACUCAGAUCAAGAACAAAAUGCUGGAUAUGCAAAUCAUAGUCUACCAAACAGUUAUUAUCAGAUCCAGCAACAUCACGAUCACCAAGCGCAACAGUCCCAACACCAUCCUCGGCAGCACCACCCCCAACAUCAUCAGCAGCAGCACCAAAUGAUUCCAUCACAUCAGCAAAUGCACACUGUGCAUCAUCAGUCUCUCUCUCAUUCGCAGCAUUUGCAAGCGCCUCACGGUCAAAUGCCGCAUCAUCAGCCGCACAUUCAUCAUCAUCAGUCUCCGCACAAUCAACAUAUCUUGCAUUCUCAGCCGCCACAGCAUAUGCAUCAACAUAUGCAACAUAUUCAGCAUCCCGUUUACGGCAACAUGUUGCCCACCGACAUCGGAUAUCAACAAUAUCCGACAUCAGUGGAAACUCCAGCUAUGUUGCAACAGAAUAUAGAGUCACAGAAACAAUUACAUUUCUCGCCUUAUAACGAUCCGGACAUUGAACCGAGCAAACCAUACAGAAUGCCACCCGAGUUACCAUACAUCAAGUCACCCGGAAUGAAUCGUAAAGACAUCAAAUAUCUCGAGAGCGCGGAAGACAAAGAAAACGCUAUCGUCGUGGAUUACAACGGUCCGCUCGAAGAAAAUAUGGUACCAAAAUUAGACGAGAAUAAUCUAUAUAUCGACGAUAGUCUAGGUAUAACUCCUCUUUCGACCAUUAACGAGACGUGUUAUACAGAAGCCUUUAACACGCACUUAACAAGUUCUACGCCAAUGACUAAUAAUUUCAAGCCAUCCUACAGAAUGAAAGAUGAUCUGCAAUUUCCAAAUCAGAAUACUAUCCAACCAAUUGCGGAAGCACCUAAUGCAGAAGGUGAUGAUAAAUUGAGUGUAAUAUUGGAAACCACACGGGAAUAUGUUUCAAGCAGUUCGGGUAGCACUAAUUAUACUAAAACUACUGGAUUGACUUUUGGAUUAACGAGGGAAGAUAUGGCUCCUAUUAAAGAACAAUCUGUGGACACAAUUCUAGAUGAGGAGUCAAACGAAGCUCUGCUGUUCAUAAAUCAACCUUAUGAGCAAAAACUACAUGCACAAAUUCAAGCUGUUCACGCUCAAAGUCCGCGCACAGUACAACGAAAUGUUGAUCAGAUAACAUCUGAGAUACAGAAUAAUUGUGAUUUGAGGAAGUCUAUAAAUUUACAAUUUAAUAAUGAAGAGGAAAAUUCAGAAAAGAUCAAUACCAUGGACUGUGAGGAACACGAACCUAUGGAACAAAUGGAGGAAGAACUGUCUUUUGAACUCCCUUCGAAAGAUAUAAAUCCAUUUGACAAAAAUUUGAUUGCUGGCUUAUUGAAGAAAAUUAAGUUUCCACAACCCCAACAUGCAGAUGGAUAUACAAAAAUAGAUACCAAUCUAAAUAAGCUCGUGCCUUCUACCAUGAUUACGCUCGGCACAGAAGCGUAUGAUUUGGAAAAGUGCCUUGGGAAAGGAAUGUAUGGAACAGUUUUUAAAGCAGUUAAUUUACAGACAGGUGAAACUGUUGCCCUUAAAACACAAAAACCCGCUUGGGUCUGGGAAUAUUAUAUCGCAAGAGAGAUAAAGGCGCGACUUACAAAUCCACAUAUGUUACGCGGUUUUAUGGAUGUAACAAUGGCCUAUGUGGCCAACAAUGGAAGUGUACUAGUUUCAGAAUAUUCCAAGUUUGGAACAUUAUUAGCAGUGACGAAUCAGAUAAAAAUCGCCACUGGAAAACCUCUGAUGGAGACUGUAGCUAUUUUCUUCACAAUCGAAAUGCUUCAAAUUGUGGAAUACUUACAUAAUUGCCAAAUAAUACAUGGAGACAUAAAGCCAGAUAAUUUUUUACUAAUGCGACUACCCACGCAAGAUGUAAGGCCAACAAUACAGUUGAUAGAUUUCGGAUGUAGUAUAGAUAUGAAAUUAUUGCCGGAAAAUACAACAUUCACGCAAGUCAUAAAAACGGAAGACUUCACUUGUAUCGAAAUGCAAACUGGAAGACCGUGGACAUAUCAGACUGAUUUAUAUUGUCUAGCGGCGACCAGUCAUUGUUUGCUAUUUGGCAAUUAUAUGAAAGUAUCUAAUGUAGGCGGCCGUUGGUUUAUUGCCUCGAAAUUACCAAGAUACGCUAAAAAGGCUGCUUGGGAACAAUUUUUCACAGAGCUAUUAAAUAUCGAGUCUUGCGAGAAAAUGCCCGAUUUGGCAAAAUUGAGAAAUAUGAUGGAGGAAACGCUAGCACAGAUGCCGGAGGCGCAAGCGAAAUUUCGAACUUUUGUCAACAUUCUUAACAAACGAUAACGCUUGCUAUAUCUGACGAUAUGUACCAAUGCGUGCACAUAUUUAGUAAAGAACCAACGUGUAAUAAGAGACAUUAAUGUUAUUGUGCUAUUUAUUAUAAAAAGUUAAUAUUACAGUGAUAAAUAUAUGUAUCUACAUAGUUAUAACACACACGAAAUGCACCUUAUGGCC